UUCAAUAUUGUUCAGGUUGCUACACGUGUUGCUUAUGGCACAGCUUUGACAAAACUUGGCAAGAGCAACCCACAUGUCAUCGCUGUCGACGGCGACAUGAAGAACUCGACAUACUCGAUCAAAUUCCGCGAUGCGUUCCCCGACCGCUUCAUCGAGUGCUUCAUUGCCGAACAGAAUCUUGUUGGCGUCGCUAUGGGUGCUGCCUGCCGUGACCGAACGGUCGCUUUUGCUAGUACAUUUGCCUGUUUCUUGUCGCGUGCUUACGAUCAGAUAAGGAUGGGUGCGGUAUCGCAAUCCAAUGUCAACUUCAUGGGUUCUCACGUCGGUGUUUCAAUCGGGGAGGAUGGUCCAUCUCAGAUGGCCUUGGAGGACCUAGCCUUAUUCCGUGCAGUUCCCGGUUGUACAGUCUUCUACCCAAGUGAUGCAGUUUCCAUGGAGAGGGCAGUAGAGCUUGCAGCGAACACCAAGGGUAUGUGCUUCAUCCGCGCAAGUCGUCCAACCACUCCAGUUGUUUACAGUAAUGAUGAGAAAUUUCAGAUCGGACAAGCUAAGGUUCGUUGCCGAGGUGGGAAAGACAAUAAAGUAACCAUCGUUGCUGCUGGAGUAACCCUUCCCGAGGCAGAAAGUGCUGCAAAGACUCUGGCCGCUGAAGGCAUCAAUGUCUGUGUGGUUGAUCCAUUCACCAUCAAACCAAUUGAUAAGGCCACGCUGUUGGCCUGUGCUCAGUCAAGUGGAAACAAGGUACUCACUGUGGAGGAUCACUAUCCAGAGGGUGGCAUUGGUGAGGCGGUCUCUGCAGCGCUCUCCGAGGACGGGGUCAAGGUUCGACGACUUGCUGUACAGAAUAUUCCUUACAGUGGCCCUCCAGCUGUUCUGCUUGAGCGCUUCGGAAUCAAUGCCAGCAGCAUUGUCAAGGCUGUCAAAGACUUCUGUUAGACUAUUUAAGAUUUAGCAAGUAAAACUUGUGGAUUAUGUGUUCCCACCCCUCUCCCUCUAAAUCUCAAAAUAGUUUGUAAAGUAGUGUGGUAUAAACAUUUCCUUUGAUGUAAUUAAUAAUUCAAAUUAUGGAAUGUUUCUUUUUAAAAAUUGACUGGUGAGGGGAUAAUUAUAUAUAACAAAACAAUUAAACUACUUUGUCAACAAUUACUCUAUGCAGUAUACUUCAGUGGGAGGGAGGAAAAUAGAAUAAUGUUUUUUUAUUAUAUAAUCUAUAAGAAUAUUAUGUUAACAAAAAUAUUGUGGAAAAGCAAAGCUUGAACCCUUUUAUUCCAAAUAUAUUUUUGUGGAAAAGCCAAGCUUAAAACCUUUUUAUUCCAAAUACAUAAUUGCCAUGUAUAGCCUUACUGAUCAUUCCAUUUUGAAGUCUCAAAAAUUCUCCAUUGUAAAAGCUAUCAAAUAAAUAAAUAUUACUUGGAAAGUAUUUUUUUAGAUUAUUAAUGUAUCACAUCUUGAUAAUAUUACCCACCGGUUGGGGUCUAUUCGUAAAUUUGAUCUCAUUGUAAAUUUAACCACCCAUGAUAUUAAUACAUUUUAUUGAAUAGAAAAUAUGUAUUUUAGUUCCAUAAUUUGGACCUUAUAUUUUAUUAAUUUUGGGAUUUUUCUUUGUAUAUUCAUCAAUGGAAAGAUAAUUUCAUUGGUUAAUUUGGUUUUUAUACCGUUACUAUAACAUCAUGGUGCCUCAUUGUGCAUUGCUAUACCAACUCAAUAAAUUCUCACUCAAAAU